AUGCUCUUUAGAAGAGUUUGUUGCAAGAAUACUUUCCUCAGGAAAUUGACGGUUGGUCGUCAAUACAGCACUCAGGCGCGUCCGUAUGGAAUAUGCCUAGACAUAGACGGUGUCUUAAUCAAGGGUAAUCAUGUUAUACCAGAGACUAAGCAAGCUCUGCGUUUCUUGAAUGGUGAUAACGCGUUGGGAAAAAAGAUUCCCUUUAUCUUGCUGACAAAUGGCGGUGGUGUGUCUGAAUCGGCCAAGGCUCAUCAACUAUCGCGUCUCUUUGAAGUUCCGAUCUCUUCAUCUCAAAUCGUAUUAUCACAUUCUCCUGUGCGCUCGCUGGUGUCAAGAUAUCGCGACGCUCAGAUCUUGGUUGUAGGUGGUGUCGGUCAAUUAUGCAGACAAGUCGCUAUAGAAUAUGGCUUUAAAAAUGUUGUCACACCAACCGAUAUAUUUGCAUGGAAUCCAAGUAUUUGGCCUUUUUCCAAAUUGAAUGACGAACAUUUGCGAGAAGCCAAAGAGGUGGACUUUUCGCGUGAACCAAUUGAGGCGAUUAUGAUGUUCAACGAUUCUCGGGAUUGGGGUCGAGACUUGCAAAUUAUGUUGGAUGUAUUACGUUCUAAAGAUGGAUAUAUUGGAACAAUUGCCGAUGAUACCGAAUUGGCAUCUCAUCAAAUGCCUCUUUACUUCACCAAUCCCGAUUUCGAGACUACGGGGAAGACAUUAAAGUAUGAACUCUUUGGUAAGCCAGAGACUCCUACAUAUCGAUAUGCAGAAACUUGUCUUGAAAACCAAGCUGCCAAAUUAUUCAAGGAUGCAGACCAGAGAAGCAUGAAACAUAUUUAUGCAGUCGGCGAUAAUCCUGCAGCGGAUAUCGCUGGUGCCAAUGCCCACAAUUGGACUUCGAUUCUUGUACGUACGGGUGUAUUUCAGGGAAAGGACAAUGACUUAAAGUUUCCGGCGGACUAUGUCGCUCAGCAUGUCUUUGAAGCUGUCCAAUGGAUGUUUGAUCGGGAAGAGCGACUUUAA